AUGGCGUCCACAUCUCCCCUCCCAGAAGACGCCGCCACUGAGCAAAAGGCAUCCGCCGCAGCAGCUGAGACACUGGCCGAGAAGUCCAACGCCGAACCGACGCUGCCCAAACUGUCCACCCAGGACUUCCGGACGUACAACAGGCUGGCCGUCAUGAUGGAAGCCUACCACAACCACUUCCGCUACACCUGGAACCUGCUGUACAGGACAUGCGAGACCGGCUCCCGCCCCGCCGGCAUGUCCCUGCGUGCUUUCAUCUCCCAGGGUCUGCACCUCUGCCAUGCCCUGACGAUCCACCACACCAUCGAGGAGCAACAUAUUUUUCCCGAGCUGGCGGAGCGGAUGCCCGCGUUCGCUCCUAAGGACCAUUUAAUAUCGCAGCAUGAGGCCAUCCACGAGGGGCUCGAGAAGCUGGAGGAGUACUUGGGUAGUUGUAGGACUGGGGAGAAGGAGUUCCGACUACCGGAGUUGAAGGCCGUCAUGGAUACGUUCGGAGAGGUUCUGUGGGCGCAUCUGGACGACGAAGUGAAGAUGCUGGGCGCAGAGAACAUGCGCAAGCAUUGGUCCAAGCAGGAGAUUUUGUCGAUGAAUUGGUAA